AUGGCUUCAUCACCAUUAUUAUUCACAGUGAGGAGGUUCCAACCAGAGUUGGUGCUUCCAGCUGCUUCAACUCCUCGAGAAGUUAAACUGCUAUCUGACAUAGAUGAUCAACAAGGUGUCAUGUUCGUUGAAGCUGAAGCUGAUGUAACACUUGACCAAUUUGGUGACUCUCUCCAUCCACCAUUCCCUUGCUUCCAAGAACUUCUCUAUGAUGUUACUGGCUCGGAACUAAUUAUUGAUCGCCCCCUUCGACUCAUACAAGUGACACGUCUCAAGUGCGGUGGUUUCAUAAUAGUAAUUAAUUUGAACCAUAUCAUGAGCGAUGCAAUUGGUUUAAAACAGUUCGUGAAUGCUUGGGCAGAAAUGGCUCGAGGAGAACAUCAACCUUCGAUUCAACCUGUCUGGCAUAGAGAGAUUCUCAUGGCAAGAAAGCCACCACGCAUUACAUGCAAUCAUCCUGAAUACGAACAAACACUUCCAUCAAAUAUCAUCAAAGAAGAAGAUACUGCUACCACCAUAGUACAUCAAUCUUUCUGCUUUAGACCUUCAGACAUAGCUGCAAUUCGUCUCUUGGUUCCAUUUCAAUGCACCACAUUUGAUCUUAUUGCAGCAUGUUUUUGGUACUGUCGCACAAAAGCAUUGCAGUUAGAGCCAGAGAAGGAAGUACGAAUAAUGUACCCCGUCAAUGCACGUUCAAGGUUUAAGAAUAAUCAUUCAUCAUUUGUUGGAUAUUAUGGUAAUUGUAUUGCUUUCCCGGCGGCUGUAACCACAGCAGGGAAGCUUUGCGGGAACUCACUAGGUUAUGCAGUAGAAUUGAUAAGAAAGUUAACAGGACAAGUUACAGAAGAAUACAUCCAAUCAGUGGCAGAUCUUAUGGUUAUUAAGGGACGAUGUUCAUAUACAACCUUAAGGUCUUGUCUUAUUACAGAUUUGACUCGUUUUAAAUUUAACCAAGUGAAUUUUGGAUGGGGUGAAGGAGUGUAUGGUGGAAAUGCAAGAGGUGGGGCUGGUUUGUUUCAUGGAGCAAGUAUUAUUGUUUCACAUAAAAAUUCAAAAGGAGAAGAAUGUUUGAUAUUAACAAUUUGCUUGCCUUUAGAAGAGAUGAAAAGAUUUAAAAAAGAGUUAGAUGAGAUGCUUGAUAGCAAUAAUCAACCUACAAGGAGUGUUUCUAGUUUUGUGAAGUCUACCUUAUAG